AUGUCUGAUAAACCAACAACAGAGAGAAGUCAAUUGUUUCUAUAUAAGAAUGCAUUCAAUCCGAGUGUUAAAUUCACACAUGUGUGUAAACAACUAUGUUGUUUGUUUGUUUUUCUUGAUAUUCUUAGAGAGGAAAUAUUUUUCAUUGUAAAUGCAGGUUUCACAACAGUAUAUUAUUCAAAAGUUUUAGAGGUUGAAGAUGGCGAUGUAAAGUGGGAAUUAUUCCAAGAAGGUUUCUUACCGUCGUUUGCUGCUUUCUUAAUAAAAACAGAUAUUAUAGAUUUUAAAGAUAAAAUGGAUAGUUUAAAGAGAAAAUUUGUAAAUGAACAACAGCAACAAACUUUGACAGGAAUAUCUAUAAAUGAAAAAUCUAUUCAAAACAAUGAAAAGAAAUUGAAAGCCAAUGAUAAUAAUACUGAUUUUGCUGAAUUUAAAAGAGACGUUGAUUCAUUGAAUUCCCAGCUGAAAGAAAAGAUUGAAAAACUCAGAAAACUAUCUUUGGAGAUGGUAAUCAUCGAGACGAGAAUGAAGAAUUAUUUGAAUUCCGGUACUCUUGCCGAGAUUAAAGCCAUCAACCAAUCAUUACAAGAAACAAAAAUUCACAAUGUCUUUGUGAAAGAAAAUGUUGUUAGAGAUAAUUGA